AUUUUUUUAAGAAACAAGAGAGCUAUUUUCUAAAUUAGCUUUGCCAAUUUAUAUUCCUUCUAUGAUGCAUAGCACUAAUUUCACUGCACCAUGUGUGGUAGGCCCCAAUAUGUAAGAAAUGAUGAAAGUAACACAUAAAGAUUAGUAUAGAACAAAUAAGAUUAUCAUUGUUGCUAUCAUCUUUGUCAAAUUCUCAAAACAAUCUAAGUAUAUUUUUAUAUAAAUGUGCUUGGCAACAUAGCUGAGAAAAGCAUUAUCAAUUACAUUUAUCAGUAACAAAGACAUACAUUUGAAGGGGAAAAACACUUGUACUAACAACACAAUGUCAGAAUUAACAUACAAAUUCUGCUGGUCACUUUGAAAUAUUUAAUUGCCUGGGGCAGUGUUUUGUAGACAAACGAACAUCUAUGGAGCACCCGAGGUAGGGAGAAUCAACAAAACUUGGGUUUCAAAAGUUAUCUGGUGUUAGAGCGUGAAACUGUUGGAGGACACACACCUUGUGUGAGUGAGGUGCCUCAGUGUGUGUGGACGUGUUGGAGGUAGAGCAUAAUGGUGGCUUCCUCCAGAAAGGGGCAUUUGGGGUAGAUUCAUUGCAUUUGAACAAAACAGCCUGAUGUGGCAUGGACAUGAAUGGAGGUGAAAUGGACAGUAGCUGAGAGGAUCAGUCCUGACAAGGCCAAGGUGAAAAACCUGGGAAGUCCUUCAGGUGCAGAGUCUUCAGUUGAAAAAGGAGGUGGUCACAGGAAAUACUGAGAUGGAUCAGCAAUGCACGGGAGACAGAGUUCUUGGCCCUGUGGAGUGAGUAGUGUGUAUUCUCAAGUUUUCUCCUCUCUCCAUUAAUUUCUCUUCCAAUGCAGACGACUUUGAAUGUCCAAUGGAUCAUGAGAUUAUAGACAAGCCUCAGCCCGCUCUUGAAGCCUCUGAGGAGUCCCCAGUUCACAAGGAGGGAGGAGAUGGAGAGUGGCCGGUCAACACAAGGGUGGUGCAGGCGGCCCCUCUGGGGUGUGACUCUACUCCCUGUGGGGAUGCUGUGCAAGACAUCUCUAUUGAGGAUGCUGAAUAUGACAUCUGUAAUGAGGACACUGUACAAGACAUCUCUAAUGAGGAUGCCGUAGAAGACAUCUCUAAUGAGGACGCUGUAUACGACAUCGCUAAUGAGGACGCUGUAUGUGACAUCACUAAUGAUGCUGUAGAAGACAUUGCUAAUGAGGACACUGUAUAUGACAUCGCUAAUGAGGACGCUGUAUGUGACAUCACUAAUGAUGCUGUAGAAGACAUUGCUAAUGAGGACACUGUAUAUGACAUCGCUAAUGAGGACGCUGUAUGUGACAUCACUAAUGAUGCUGUAGAAGACAUUGCUAAUGAGGACACUGUAUACGACAUCGCUAAUGAGGACACUGUACAAGACAUCUCUAAUGAGUGUGCUGUAGAAGACAUCUCUAAUGAGAACGCUGUAUAGGACAUCGCUAAUAAGGACUCUGUAUACGACAUCGCUAAUGAGGAUGCUGUACAAUACAUCUCUAAAAAAGAUGCUGCCACUGAUCCAUUUGUACUGGAGAAUGAUCUGUUUUUGGAGAGCAUAUCCGAUGAUGAGGAUUUGUAGAUCAUCCAUGACUGGGGACUUCAUCCGUGACUGGGGACUUCAUUCAGAGCCAGCAGCCUCAUCCACAGCUAGGGGCUGCAUCCACAGCUGGGACUUCAUCCAUAGCUGGGGACUUCAUCCGUGACUGGGGACUUCAUUCAGAGCCAGCAGCCUCAUCCACAGCUAGGGGCUGCAUCCACAACUGAGGCAUCGUUUACAGUUGGGGGCCUCCUCCACGGCUGGGACUUCAUCCACAACUGGGUCAUCAUGCAUGGCUGGGACUUAAUCUACGUCUGGGGCUUCAUCCAUGUCUGGGGGCAUCAUCCGUGUCUGGGGGCAUCACCCAUGGCUGGGGAGUUCAUCCACAGCUGGUUUGCCUGAUCUGUAUCUGAGUCACAGAUACAGAUUAUUAAACCUAGUAAUUUUAUUGAGUUCCACUUCUAUAGUUUUCGUUUCAAAAGUUGUUUGUUGAUAAUUUAAUGAAAUAAACUAAAUCAGAAUUACCCCCCUUUUAAUUAUGUCCUUGUGUCAAUAUAGAAAGAGUGGAUUUAAGAAAACACUGAGAUGCUCCUGGAUUUAAGGAAACACUGAGAUGCCCCUGUCUGUGCUUGUGAGCAGGACUGGCGGGUCUAAAGCCUUUCUCUGGUAGCGCUCCAGAAGAUUGCCCCACCUUACACUUGCUUUCUGCCGGUUCCAGAGGCUUCCCUUUGAAAGGAGCCUCUCUCCCCACUCUGCCUUAAUCCACACCAGCUCUCCUGUAACCCACUGACUUUGUAAAUGCUUUCUUCCACCUGCACCUCAUUGAAUUCGAAACUUGGAAAAUAGUCAAAAAUUCUAAAAAGGUGGGAGUGGGUGUGAUCUGGAAAU